ACCAUACCAUUGCACUUGAUUCUUCCUUCCUAAGCUCCUCUGAAUUCCAAAAGCAAGUCAAAUAAAUGGGCGAUCACUCAAUUCCAGAAGAAAACGGCGGUGAUCCCAGCAGCUCCACCGCCUUGGAUAUUUACCCUCUCAGCUGUUACUAUUUCGGCUCCAGAGAUUCUGUUUCUCUCAACACCGAAACCCGCGCCGAUCGCCUUCUUCGCCUCAGAGCUAACUAUGAUGCCGUUGGAAUGAGGAGCUGCGUGGCUGCCGUGAUUGUGGUUGUGUUUGUGAGCCAAAACUACCUGCUCCAGGUUGAACUUUUCAAACACCCCCAUCUCUUGUUGCUACAAGUGCAGAACUCCAUCUACAGACUUCCUGGUGGACGUGUACGGCAAGGUGAAUCAGAUACUGACUGCUUAAAACGAAAGCUCGAAAGCAAGCUAUCUGCUGGUGAAGAUGGUCGUGGUCCUGAUUGGGAGGUUGGAGAAUGUCUUGGUAUGUGGUGGAGACCCGACUUUGAGUCCGUACUUUAUCCGUAUUUGCCACCAAACAUAAAGAGGCCUAAAGAGUGCACUAAACUCUAUCUUGUGAAGCUGCCACCAAGCAGAAGGUUUAUUGUGCCUAAGAAUUCACGACUUCUUGCAAUCCCGUUGUGUCAACUUCAUGAGAACUAUGAGACUUAUGGUCCAAUAAUCUCUGGAGUCCCACAGUUGCUAUCCAAAUAUUCCUUCAACAUGGUAGAACCUUAAAAGUUUUUGAGUUAGAAGGGGAAAUAGGAUUGCAGUUGCAUCGGGCAAAGGCUUGUGAAUGUGGUGUUUUUUUUUUCAUAAACUUAAAGGCCGCGUCACAUGGACGUCGUGUUUUGUGUAGUUGGGAGUGUGCGUAUAGCUGGUGAUGAUUUGGAUGGUCACAGCUUUAAGAUAAGAUGAUAGCGUAGCGUUUUGUUGGGGCUAGUUGUGUUUUAUUUGCUUCUUUGAACUGUACACCACUUAUAUAUAGUGCUUACACCUCCAUUCACUUGUCCCCCAACAAAGACUUUUAUAAGGGAAUUUACAUUCAACACUGCAA